AUGGAGGCACCUGAGGACCUCAAGGCCUUGGUCGAGUCUUCCAAGAUCUCCAAGGGCAAACUGUUGGACAUCGGCGCCUCCCUCCAGCAGCAGAUCGAGGCCCUCGAGCAGGCCUCCCAAAACUCUGCCGAGCCUCCGACGAAGCGGCAAAGGGCCGAAGAAGGUACUCCAGCAGAGAAUGUGCCUCCACCGCCCCCGCGGCCACCCCCUGGAGAGUCCCUGGCGACGACUCCCAAAGCUCCAGGAGCCAGGCCGUUCGGAGCCUGUGAACAAGAGGCUUUCGGCGGAGCCUGUGGAAGCAACUUUGGCUGCAACGGCGGUGCUUGCGGUUGUGGCGGCGGUUGUGGCGGCUGUUGUGGUGGAUGCUGCGCCGGCUGCAGUGGUGGCUGCGGUUGCGGCAACUGCGGCUGCGGCAACUGCGGCUGCGGCUGUGGAUGCAACUGUGGUGGCUGUGGCUGCUGUGGUGGCUGUGGUGGCUGCGGCGGCUGUGGCGGCUGUGGUGGCUGUGGUGGCUGUGGCGCCUGCGGCUGUGGCUGUGGCGCCUGUGGAAACUGUGGUGGCUGCGGCUGCGGCUGCGGCUGUGGCUGUGCUGGAAAUUGUGCUGGCUGUGGCUGCGGCUGUGGAAACUGCGGCGGUUGCGCGUGUGGCUGCGGAAACGGCUGUGGAUGCGGUGGCAACUGUGGAGCUGGGCAGAGUACUGGCAGCAUGAAGCCGGAGGAUGAGGGCGGCUGUCAUUCUGUGGCGAAGGGAGAUGAGGGCAUGAUGGGAUCGAACAUGAACCCGAUGGCCAUGACGCCGAUGGGUAUGAACCCGAUGGCCAUGAUGAUGAUGGGCGCCGCGAUGAUGGGCCAGGUCAUGAUGGCCGGCUCCGGCGCUGGAGACAUGGCCGUGCAGCAGCAGAAGCUGCCUGCAGCGGAUGACGACGACGAAGAGGACACUGGCUCCUACGGCUCGUCCUUCAACGUGAAUCAUCCCAACUACCGGCCUCCCGACAUGGAGCAGAUCCCGGGAGUCACCGACAAGAGGUUCGUUGGUCGAAUCAAGUUCUGGUUCGAGAACAAGGGCUUUGGCUUCAUCGAGAGCGAGGAAUUCUCGAAAGUUUUCGGUGGGGACUCCGACGUCUUCCUCCACCACUUCCAAAAGAAGCACUACCAGCGAGGGGACCUCGUCGAGUUCAGUGUGUUCACCAACUUCCGAGGAAAGCCGCAAGGCACAGAGCUGCGGAAAGUCAAGGAGGACAAAGCAAUGGCCAUGACGGGGGGCCUCGGUGGCAAAGGACACCGCUGA